AUGCGGCCGGCUGGUGAUGUUCUCUUUUGGCCUUUAACUAGUGAUGGUGGCUACACUACAAAGUCCGCCUAUGGAUUUAUUCGUCAGCGGCGCAUUCGAACGGAGGCUUCCUCAUCUUCAGGACAGCAACCCCAUGCUCGUUUCUGGAAAACUUUAUGGGUCGUUGAUUCUCUCCCUCGAUGUAGGGAAGUAGCUUGGAGGGUGGCGAAGAAGAUUGUCCCAGUGAGACGUGCUCUCCGUGUUCGGGGGAUGCAAGUUGAGGAAGAAUGUCCAUUCUGUGGUAUGCAUCCAGAAACCAUAGUUCAUGUUCUCUUGUGCCCGGUCGUUGCAAGAUGGUGGUUUGCUUCACCCAUGGGCGUGCGGUUUCGGUCGAGCGACAUCCCUGCAUAUUUUUUGCAGCAAAUUUUCGACCAGCAGGAUGACCAUCUGACGGGGUUAUGCGUCACCUUUCUGUAUGUGAUUUGGGAUCUCCGUAAUGCCAUGAUUUAUCAACAGAAGGUACCGGAGUUCACAGGCAUUAUGGCACAGUUCAGCAGCUUGCUCUCGAUAGCGGAGGAAGGCGCUUUGGUGCGGCCACCGGUGGAGAAUGGAUUGCUAGCACGGAACUCUUGGACCAGACCUGGUGAGGAAUGUAUUAAAAUUAAUUUUGAUGCUUCAUGGGUUCAUAGUGCUCCUACAGGCCUUGGUUUUAUUGCGAGGAACAAUUUAGCUCAAGUUAUGGCCGCUGCCGUGGCGUUUCCUAUCGAUGCUACAUCACCAAUCAUUGCAAAGGCUUUAGCUUUCCGUUGGUCGCUCUCUUUGGCCAAGGAUCUUGGAUUCCGAACGGUGUGUCUUGAAACGGAUUGUUUACAACUUUUUGAUACUUGGAUGAAGGCAAAGGGUGGUGAUUCCUAUUUAUUUUCUGUCAUUAGUGAUUGUAGAGACUUGGUCUCAUCGUUUUUGAACUUUAGUUUGUCUUUUGUACGUCGUACCGGCAAUUCUGUAGCCGAUCACUUGGCUAAGAACUCCUCAAAAUUCCAUAACUCGGUUUGGAUUGAGGAGGUGCCGCCGGAGUUGGAGUCUUUAAUUCAUGCAGAUGUAAUAGCGUCUAUGGCAACUUGA